AUGUCGCGGAACGUGGUGGAGAAGCUGGCGUCGAUCGACGCGCAGCUGCGGCUGCUGGCGCCGGGGAAGGUGUCGGAGGACGACAAGCUCGUCGAGUACGACGCGCUCCUCCUCGAUCGCUUCCUCGACAUCCUCCAGGAUCUCCAUGGCGAGGACCUCAGAGAAAUGGUUCAAGAGUGCUAUGAAUUGGCCGCCGAGUACGAAGGGAAGCACGAUUCCCACAAACUGGAUGAACUAGGGAAUGUGCUUACAAGCUUGGAUGCCGGGGAUUUGAUCGUGGUCACGAAAUCGUUCUCGCACAUGCUCAACCUAGCAAAUUUGGCCGAGGAGGUCCAGAUUGCUUACAGGAGGAGAAUCAAGCUGAAGAAGGGCGAUUUCGCGGACGAGAAUUCCGCGACGACUGAAUCGGAUAUCGAGGAAACUCUCAAGCGGCUCGUGAUGCAGCUGAAGAAGUCCCCCGCGGAGGUAUUUGACGCGCUAAAGAACCAGACUGUCGACUUGGUUCUGACCGCACACCCGACCCAGUCGGUCAGGAGAUCUCUUCUUCAGAAGCAUGGAAGGGUAAGGAAUUGUUUGACUCAACUAUAUGCGAAGGAUAUUACUCCUAAUGACAAGCAGGAACUCGAUGAGGCUCUCCAGAGAGAGAUCCAAGCUGCCUUUAGAACUGAUGAGAUUCGAAGAACUCCUCCCACUCCCCAAGAUGAAAUGCGUGCCGGGAUGAGCUAUUUCCAUGAGACAAUAUGGAAGGGUGUUCCUAAGUUCUUGCGUAGAGUCGAUACUGCUCUAAAGAACAUUGGGAUAAAUGAACGUGUUCCGUACAAUGCCCCUCUUAUCCAGUUCUCUUCUUGGAUGGGUGGCGAUCGUGAUGGAAAUCCAAGAGUGACACCAGAGGUUACAAGGGAUGUUUGCUUGCUGGCUAGAAUGAUGGCUGCAAACUUGUAUUAUUCCCAGAUAGAGGAUCUAAUGUUUGAGUUGUCUAUGUGGCGCUGCAGUGAUGAACUCCGAGUGCGAGCUGAUGAACUACACCGCUCCUCGAAGAAAGAUGCUGCGAAACACUAUAUAGAAUUCUGGAAACAAGUUCCUCCAAGUGAGCCAUACCGCGUCAUACUUAGCGAUGUCAGGGAUAAACUAUACAACACUCGUGAGCGCUCCCGUCAUUUAUUAUCAAAUGGAUAUUCUGACAUUCCCGAGGAAGUUAGUUUCACCGAUGUUGAGCAGUUCUUGGAGCCUCUUGAGCUCUGCUACCGAUCCCUUUGUGCAUGCGGUGAUAGACCCAUCGCCGAUGGAAGCCUCCUUGACUUUUUACGCCAAGUCUCAACCUUCGGCCUCUCUCUUGUCAGACUAGACAUUAGGCAGGAAUCGGACCGACACACUGACGUUAUUGACGCCAUAACUAAGCACUUAGGAAUCGGAUCGUAUCGCGAAUGGCCUGAAGAGAAACGCCAAGAAUGGCUUUUAUCUGAACUUAAUGGCAAACGGCCGUUAUUUGGCCCCGACCUCCCCAAAACAGAGGAAAUUGCUGAUGUUUUGGAUACAUUGCACGUCAUAGCUGAACUCCCCUCAGAUAACUUUGGUGCGUACAUUAUCUCCAUGGCCACAGCCCCUUCAGAUGUUCUAGCUGUUGAAUUAUUACAAAGGGAGUGCCAUGUGAAGAAACCCUUGAGAGUUGUGCCGCUUUUCGAGAAGCUUGCAGAUCUCGAGGCGGCCCCCGCUGCUGUUGCUCGUCUGUUCUCUGUUGAGUGGUAUAGGAACAGGAUCAAUGGAAAGCAGGAAGUCAUGAUCGGGUAUUCGGAUUCUGGGAAGGAUGCUGGCCGGCUCUCUGCGGCAUGGCAGUUAUAUAAAGCCCAAGAAGAGCUCGUUAAAGUAGCCAAGCAGUUCGGGGUGAAACUGACUAUGUUCCAUGGGAGAGGUGGAACUGUUGGGAGAGGAGGUGGCCCGACUCAUCUUGCUAUAUUGUCUCAGCCGCCAGACACGAUUCAUGGGUCGCUUAGGGUUACUGUUCAGGGCGAAGUAAUUGAACAGUCAUUUGGGGAGGAGCACUUGUGCUUUAGGACACUUCAGCGUUUCACUGCCGCUACUCUCGAGCAUGGUAUGCAUCCCCCCAUUCCUCCCAAGCCGGAGUGGCGGGCCCUGAUGGACGAGAUGGCUGUUGUGGCUACUAAGGAGUAUAGGUCGAUUGUCUUCCAAGAACCGCGUUUUGUUGAAUAUUUCCGCCUGGCAACACCGGAGAUGGAAUAUGGUAGGAUGAACAUCGGAAGCAGGCCAGCAAAGAGAAAGCCGAGUGGGGGCAUUGAAUCUCUACGUGCAAUCCCAUGGAUUUUCGCAUGGACUCAGACUCGCUUCCACCUUCCUGUGUGGCUCGGCUUUGGCGCGGCAUUCAAGUAUGUCAUGGAAAAGGAUAUCAGGAAUAUUCACACUCUCCAGGAGAUGUACAAUGCAUGGCCCUUCUUCAGGGUUACAAUUGACUUAGUUGAGAUGGUUUUUGCCAAGGGAAAUCCUGGGAUAGCUGCUUUGUACGAUAAACUGCUGGUGUCUGAGGAUUUAUGGCCAUUUGGUGAGCGACUUAGAAACAACUAUGAAGAAACCAAAAAGCUGCUUCUUCAGGUUGCUGCCCACAAGGAUCUUCUGGAAGGGGACCCUUACUUGAAACAGAGGCUACGCCUCCGUAACGCGUACAUCACAACCCUAAAUGUGUGCCAAGCUUACACGCUGAAGCGGAUAAGGGACCCGAAUUACGAUGUUGAAGUCCGGCCCCACCUAUCAAAGGAGGUAAUGGAGUCGACCAAGCCAGCGGCAGAGCUCGUCAAGCUGAACCCCACAAGCGAGUACGCCCCCGGCCUCGAGGACACUCUCAUUCUAACUAUGAAGGGCAUUGCUGCUGGUAUGCAGAACACUGGUUAGAGUGUGUUUCUUUGUUACUAAUACUACUAUGUUAAUGGGACAAACUUUGGUUCUGUUAUCUUUUUUUUUCUCUUUUUUAUGUAUGCGGCUACUCGUGUGGAGGGGAGCUCUUGUGGCUCCUUUGCUUUAAUAAUAUAUGAAUAAUGUGAUAAGAAAAGAACAAUGCUUGAGAAAGGUAGAGGCAUCAUAUAUCUAUGCUCUGCGAGAUUAUCACGGAGUUUGGUUGUUCUGAGCUA